GGCUCCUUGGCCGGGGGGCGGGGUGACUCAAAGGAAGUCCCGCCUCCGCCGCGCCACCGACGCCGUGGACGCGUUCUUGCACCUAGAUCUGAUUUACGAGGCUGCCAUGAUUGAAGUUGUAGCCGAGCUGAGCCGGGGUCCUGUAUUUCUGGCGGGGGAGGCGCUGGAGUGUGUGGUGACCGUCACCAACCCCCUGCCCUCUACAGCCACCUCUGCAUCCAGUGAAGCUCUGGCUUGGGCCAGUGCUCAAAUCCACUGCCAAUUCCAUGCCAGUGAGAGUCGAGUAUCACUGCCUCCCCCUGACUCUAGUCAGCCAGAUGUCCAGCCUGACAGCCAGACUGUCUUUCUGCCACACCGAGGCGAGAGGGGUCAGUGUAUCCUUUCUACCCCACCAAAAAUUCUAUUUUGUGACCUGACGCUAGACCCUGGAGAGUCCAAAUCAUACUCCUACAGUGAAGUGCUGCCCAUAGAGGGACCACCCUCCUUUCGGGGCCAGUCAGUCAAGUACGUCUACAAACUGACCAUUGGCUGCCAGCGUGUCAACUCACCCAUCACUUUACUCAGGGUUCCCUUGAGGGUUCUUGUGCUGACUGGCCUUCAAGAUGUCCAGUUUCCCCAGGAUGAGGCUGUAGCCCCAUCCAGUCCAUUCUUAGAGGAAGAUGAAGGUGGGAAGAAGGAUUCAUGGCUAGCUGAGCUGGCUGGGGAACGCCUCAUGGCUGCCACGUCCUGCCGCAGCCUGCAUCUAUACAACAUCAGUGAUGGCCAAGGGAAAGUUGGGACAUUCGGCAUCUUCAAAUCUGUGUAUAGGCUCGGCGAGGAUGUGGUGGGGACCUUAAACCUAGGGGAAGGAACUGUAGCUUGUUUGCAGUUUUCAGUAAGCUUACAGACUGAAGAACGAGUACAGCCUGAAUACCAGCGGCGCCGUGGGACAGGAGUUGCCCCUUCCGUGUCCCAUGUGACUCAUGCCCGGCACCAGGAGUCUUGCCUGCAUACAACCAGAACUAGCUUUUCUCUCCCCAUUCCUCUCAGCUCUACCCCAGGCUUCUGCACUGCCAUUGUGUCCCUGAAAUGGCGACUGCAUUUUGAAUUUGUAACAUCCAGAGGACCAGGUUUGGUACUCCUGCCCCCUAUGGAACAGCCUGAAUCUGCCACCUGGACAGGGCCUGAGCAAGUGCCUGUAGACACCUUCAGCUGGGACCUCCCUAUUAAGGUGUUGCCUACAAGCCCUACCCUGGUUUCCUAUGCUGCUCCAGGCCCCAGCACCAGUACCAUAACCAUCUGAAACUGGCUCACCUCCCCGCCAUGGCACAUGACGGCGAACUCAGCACCUGGACUCUACUUUUCCUACCUGGGCCCAGUGCCACACACAAUGAGAGACAGGCUUUCUUUGAACUGUAGCAUUAAUUUAUUUAUUCAGAAUAAAUUGGCAGCUGCUAGUGGUUUCCCUGGAAGAGGCAGCAGCAGAGAGCAGUCAGCAGAUGGGUAACCAGUUAGCUGGAAUGGGGAGCAGGAGCUCCAGGAACAGGGGUGUUAGCUGAGCCCCAUUCUAGGUCAGGUCGCCCCCCUUUGCAGGGAAGCCGAGGGUCUGAUUUUUGCACCAGGGAAAACUGACAGGUUCCUGCCUCCUGGCGUACUUCACACCCAGCAGGGAAGUCGAUGGGAUGCUGAGACCUGGGGAACCAAGAAUUGGGGAAAAAGCACAGUGAAAAGUCACCCUGACAGCCCUGUCAUUCCCUCUUGUAACUGUUCUUCCCUGUCCGCCUUUAGUCUCCUUGGGUCCCUAACUAAGCUCAAAACUGCCUUAUAAAGUUUUUGUUUGUUUCAUA